CGCCGCCAAGGACCGACAAUUCGACAAGAUGACCACCGAGCAGACCUUCAUUGCCGUCAAGCCGGACGGCGUCCAGCGCGGCCUCAUCGGCCCCAUCAUCUCGCGCUUCGAGAACCGCGGCUUCAAGCUCGCUGCCAUCAAGCUCGUCACCCCGACCAAGGAGCACCUCGAGAAGCACUAUGCCGACCUGUCUGAUAAGCCCUUCUUCCCGGGCCUAAUUGCCUACAUGGGCUCCGGCCCCGUCUGCGCCAUGGUCUGGGAAGGCCGCGAUGCCGUCAAGACCGGCCGCGCCAUCCUGGGCGCCACCAACCCCCUCGCCUCGGCGCCUGGCACCAUCCGCGGCGACUAUGCCCUCGAUGUCGGCCGCAACGUGUGCCACGGUAGCGACAGCGUCGACAACGCCAAGAAGGAGAUUGCCCUCUGGUUCGCCGACGGCGAGGUCCAGUCCUGGAAGCAGGCCCAAUUCGACUGGAUCUACGAGAAGCCGUAAAACGUCCGUCCUACACCUACCUUCCUCUAGCUACCGGCAUGAUACCGGCAUGAGCACAUGAUGGGCCAUGGGCAUCUUGGGAUAUAUGGCGUUUCCAUAGAAGCACGAAAACAAAAGGGAAAUGAUCUAGGAUAAGAUUCGAUCACGUUGGUGACUAUCAUGUGAAAACAGUAUCAUGUUUCGAUGAAGAGGUGGUUACCUCUCCUAUGCCGCAUGAGGUGAGCCUCGUGGGAUGACGCCCUGUCUAACAUAUGCUUUUCCUUCCGGGCAGCGCUCCCUGUCGUUUUGUCUUCUCCUGAGACCCGAGAGAACCAGCGCCU